AUGGAGGCACCACGCCGCGGCAGCGAGUCCCCCGCCGCGGCGCCCGCGGCGGCGACGCGGAGGAGAGAGACGCCGCUCGUCGAGCGGCAGGCCCUGAGCGGGAUGGUGGAGCAGGCCCAGCAGCUCAGCGCGCUGGUGGAGCUGAUGGCGGAGGAGGUCAAGAGAGCGGACGACCGCGACCUGCUGAACAGCUUCGGCGACGGCGAGGACCCCCUCGCCAAGGACUACCAGCAGAUGCCCGCCCACAUGAACCCGAGGGUCCGGCAGCUCGUCGACGACAUCAAGGGGGCGGGCCGCUUCCCCGCGCGCUCGCUGCGGCCCUGCGCCGCCAGCGCCGCCAGUUCGCCCUCGCGCGCCGGCCGCUCGGGGACCGCCGGGCCGCUGAAGGGCCCGAUGCUCUUCGGCAAGGCGCCCAGGCAGCACUUCCAGUGGGAGCCCCGGGCGCCGCACCCGGGCGGCGGCGGCGGCAGCCCGCGGCCGCUGUCCAGCAAGGGCGCGGCCCACUGCGUCCCGCUGCGCCUGGCGGACUCCCUGGCCUCGCUGCCCCCGCUGGCGCGGACGCACAGCCGCUGGCGCGGCGCGUCCGCCUCGCCGCCGCUGCGGCAGAGCUCCAAGGCGCCGGGGCGGCGGCCGGAGGCAGGCAGCGACCUGCCGGAGGGGCAGGCCCCCAGCGAGGCUCCGCCGCCGCGGCCCGCCGCCGCCACGGUGCCCCCCUGGCGGCGGCCGGCGGCGGAGGGGGCGCCGCCCAGGCCGCCGGACGAGAAGGCCGCUGGCGGCGCACCCGCCGGCGGAGACAGCUCGUUCAGGCGGUGGCUGUUGGAGGUCGACCCCAGGGGCUCUCUGGAGCGAUACCUCGUGUUCCUCGAAGGCAGAUACGACGACCUGGCUCAGCUUAUCGACGUAUACUUCCCUGGCAAGCCAGGUGAGAAGGUGCUGAACCAUCAGCUCUUCUCCGACAUGGGCGUGGUGGACUCGACCCACGUCGCCCUCUUCGAGGUGUGGUUCGCCCGGAAGAACAUCGAGGUACCAGCCCCGGCCGUGGAGGCGGGUGACGUGAAGUCGAGGCUGCCGCUGGGCAAGGCUGUCGGCCAGAUUCCCGGGCGACAUCUUUUUGCAGAUGGAGCAGGCGACGGGCUUCUGGGUUGGCAGCGAGGUGUCGUUCUCGAUCACGAGGAGCUCCAGGGGCCUGCCGCAGGCCGUCGGCCUCGCCCCCGCCGCCCGGCGCCCCCUCGACGCCCCCGGCGGCGAGCCGCCGCAGGCGGUGGCCGGAGAGCAGGCGGGCGCGGUGCACUUUGCGGCCAGCGGCGCCGCGGUGGUCAG